UUAUAACUGCGCAGCGCUGCACCGGAAGGAAGUGGGUGUUAGCUGACUGACGUUAGCGAGCUACUAUUAUAAAGUCUGCUGCGGGUUCUAUGGAAGAGAUGUCAGGAGAGAGUGUGGUGAGCUCGGCAGUGCCGGCAGCUACAACCCGGACUACAUCCUUCAAGGGAUCCAGCCCCAGCUCUAAAUAUGUGAAGUUAAAUGUGGGUGGGGCACUGUACUACACUACAAUGCAGACACUAACCAAACAGGACACAAUGCUUAAAGCCAUGUUCAGUGGCAGGAUGGAGGUCCUCACAGACAGUGAAGGUUGGAUUUUGAUUGAUCGCUGUGGAAAACAUUUUGGAACAAUCCUUAACUACCUUAGAGAUGGAGCAGUGCCACUCCCAGACAGCCGACGGGAAACUGAGGAGCUGCUCGCUGAGGCCAAGUAUUAUCUUGUCCAAGGCCUCGCUGAUGAAUGCACAGCUGCCUUGCAGAACAAAGAAACGUAUGAACCCCUUUGUAAAGUGCCUCUGAUGACAUCAUCUAAGGAAGAGCAGAAGCUUAUUGCAACCUCAAAUAAGCCUACUGUGAAACUGCUGUAUAACCGAAGCAACAACAAAUAUUCAUAUACCAGCAACUCUGAUGACAACAUGCUGAAAAAUAUUGAGCUGUUUGACAAACUGUCAUUGCGGUUCAACGGUCGGGUACUCUUCAUCAAAGACGAUGGGGAUGAGAUCUGCUGUUGGUCAUUUUAUGGCCAGGGGCGCAAGAUUGCUGAAGUGUGCUGCACCUCCAUUGUUUAUGCCACAGAAAAGAAGCAAACUAAGGUGGAGUUCCCCGAGGCAAGAAUCUAUGAGGAGACCCUCAACAUCCUCCUGUACGAGUCCCAUGAUGGAAGGGGUCCAGACAACGCCCUGCUAGAGGCCACAGGGGGCGCUGCAGGACGAUCUCAUCAUCUGGAUGAGGAUGAGGAGCGAGAACGAAUCGAGCGAGUUCGUAGGAUUCAUAUCAAACGACCCGAUGACCGCACACACCACCACCAGUGACCUUUCUCCUUCGACCCGUCGGCCUGUGUCUCUGACCCUGGACAGUCUUUGCACCACGUUUGUGCCUUACAUCACCUAGCGCCUCUCUUUCUCUCUCUCUCUCUCUCCUCUCUCUCUCUCACCUCCACUCUUACUUUACCAGCUUUUCCUCGAGGAGACUAUGGUGAGAUGAGCGUCGUACAUCAGUGUGUGGUGGUGAAGUGAUUGUGUGUCGUCUUUGUUGUGUGUUAUGACAGGCUGUAGUGUUCUGUUACCUGUUAUAACUUCUAUCACUGUUUUCUAGCCCAUAGAUAUGGGUGUCAGCACUGCAGGUGACCAC